GCCAUUUCUCGCAUCAAUUCUUAAGUGAAGCAACCACCCAGAAUCAAUGCUUCUCACAGUUUGAAUUUUUUAGAAACGCAAAGAGAAGACAAUGGCGGCCGCUGUAUGUAACUACGGGAGCACCAAGGAUACACCGAUAGCACCAACCACCAUGGCAGACACUACCAGUAUCAGCGUCAAGUCUACAGGCGACGCGACUCCCGAUACAGUCCCGUUGUCUUCCGACUCAGAGCGACCAGCAGAAGCCGGCAAGAAGAGUUCGCGCUCCCGCAAAUCCUCCAAGUCUUCUUCUUCUACUAGUGCUACUAGUGCUAGUGCUAGUGCUAGUGCUACUAGUGCUACUAAUAUUAAUAGUAGCAACGGUGGCACCUUGAAGAAGCAGUCUUCCAAUCGACGCUUGAACGGCCAAGGCAGCAGCAGCAGUGGCAAAGAACGACGCGAAAGCAGCAGACUCACGAAAACCCCUAACCCUAAAAAGUCGAGCCUGUCGAAGUCCACGUCGCGCCGGCACAGUCACGCAAUCACCCAGCUCGGGAUUAACCCAUUAGCCACGAAUGACGAAGACAAGGACAACAAUGCCGUUGCUAAUGGUAAUGCUCUGCAGCAAGUGGAACAACAAGCUAGCACCACUAGCUUUUCAGAAGAAGGAAGUCUUCGCUUCAGUACUCUGCAAAACAGUCCCAGCACUGCCAUCACCAGCAGUUGUACCAGCUUUAGUACUACCACCAACCAGCAAUCUGCUGCCACCAUUCUGGUACUCCCACGACCAGCUGAUUCCUAUACCACCACCACAACCAGUGAAAGUCACAGCACGGGCAUGAGCUCCACUUCUGCUAUGCAUAGUAGCCAGCACAAACACAUCUUGGUGGCAGAUCCAGAUGCCAUGCUAGCGCAGAUCUUGCAAGCCGUGGGACAAUCAACACAAGAAGAUCCAAAUGGGAAACAUCCUCUCUUGUCGGAUCAACUGGCGGCAGCCAUGCACAAACUGGUCCAGACAGCCACUGAGAAUGGGACCAUUGUGGUGCCUCCUGCUGCUACUGGUACAAACAACAACACUUCUCCAAGUAGUCAGAAUAGUAGCAAUAGCAACACCAACACAAACAACAGACUGGACCAACUGCAAAGGCAAAUGGAGGAAAUGAACAAACACCAACAAGCACUCUUGGAAUUUCAGAAACAGACUCUUCAGGAACGACAAAAAAUGGAACAGACACUACAGCAACAGUCACAGUUGAUUCAGCAGCAAGCUGACAUGCUGCAACAGCAACAGGCACAAAUACAACAAUUGACCCACAAAAUUGAACAACCAGAACCACAGAGGAGAAAUCAUCCAUCCUCUCCCACCAAAGAGCAGCAGCAGACUGCCAAAGAACCAGCACUGCAGUACACACCCAGUCCCACAAAAGACGAAACAAUGGAAACCAGUCAAAUGCUCGACCGAUUGGCGGCCUUUGAAGAACUAGAAGCAUCCUUUAAAGACUUGGCCAUGUUGGGGCUGCCCGUAAGGGAAAUUAAGGUCAUUGAAGACACACCAAAUGCCAAGCCAAUGGCCAUUACGACACGUGUCAAAGAUGACGAAGACGACAGCUCGGAACCAGGACAUCACGAGCCAGGUAUUGUCAGCAAAAAGGAUGGAUUAGUAGAUGUGUGGACUUGCCCCUCGUGUAAUUUUGAACAUGAAGUCACGGCAUUGCAAUUUUGUGGAGUCUGUGGAACAUCCAAACCAGAAGAAAACAAAUUUGAGGUUUCCUUCGCAGUGGAUUCACCCUUUAUCAAACCAGACGACAAUGACGAGGGCAGCAAGUUUGAAGUUUCGUUCGCGGCAGAUUCCCCCUUCGGCAAACCGGCAGACAAGGCUGCGGACGACAAUCACAAAUUCGAAACGUCAUUCCAGGCAAACUCUCCCAACCAAAGUCCCAGAAAAAACAACGACAAGCCUCGAAGAUCCGUGUCGCCACCACGUGCACAGGAACCAUUGAUUCAACUCCAAUUGCACAAGGAGCUACUGAAAACAGAUAAGGAGGAGAUACCCAAGGAUAUGCCACCCAAGUCACCCAUGCGACGAAGCAACAAAUUUGCACGAUCCAAAUCAGCCACAGAUGCCAACCUUGCGACCACACCCAAACGGACACGUCCACGAAUUCCGCCACGGUCCAAGACACAAAUGGAGGAUCAGCUGGCGAAACGCAUGAUUGUGGGAGGAUCGUAUCAUGGAGGUUCAGGAGGAACCGCCACAACUCCCAAAAAGACGGGUGGACGGGGGCGAGCGAAUAUGGAGAAUCGCAUGGCACAACAAGUUCUCACUGCUGCUUCCUACCAUGGGCAGGAACGGCAAAAGGAAGAGGAAGAAGAAAUUGUCAUCAAGUGUCUCGAUGGCAACGGUGGUACGGAAUUGUUGGACAUGGAUAUUCUGAAUCAGCAACUGUCACAGUUGUCAACCUUUGAUUCCGCUCCGGCGGCAUCCGCUGGAGCAGCACCAACUGCAUCGGCUCCCAAAACUCCCAAGAUCAACAAGCGCCGACAGGUAAUUCGACGUUCAAAAUCAGCAUUGGAUGAUCCGGGGGCAUCGCUUCCCGCCGCACCCCCCGUGUCGACGGGUGGAUUUGCGGGAACAACCCAUCGACCAUCCGUUCGAAAGGCCAUUCCACGACGAGGCAGGGCCAACUCGACCGAUCAGUUGCGCCUGCAUCAGCUCCAAUUCCAAGGCGGCGGCGAGGACGCUGCCGCCUCUGCUGACGAUGAGCCUACGAACCCUGCCCCUGCGCACGACAAUAACGUUGCGUCAGCACAACCAACCAACUCUUCUGACCGUCGUGGAAUUUUAGGAGUUGCAGUGAGCGCAUUCCACAAAUCACCAAAGAAAGCAAUAACGGCGUUCAAGCUCGCUGGCGGUGCCAUGCCAAAGGCGCUCGUUGGAGGUGGAAAAGACAAGGGUCGUGGAUUUCUUCUUGAUUCUGACGAUGAAAGCAACAGUCAAGACGACGACGACGACCACAGAAAGACCAACAGGUCCAGCAGUUUUCGCCAGCUAUCGGAUGAACCUGAUCCUCCAAAAAUUGACGCUGUCACAAUGACGCCCGGGAGAAAGUCCAUACGGUCUUCCGUGGCAAGCAAAUCUGGGUGGAACAAGUGGUUCAAGGCUGCUCCUCUUGCCGACGAAGUAACAAAGGAUACACAGGAGAACGAGUGCGAAUUUGAUAUUGACGAUUCUGUUCAUGAUAUCGAUGACGAGGAAGAAGUCAACAUGGAAUCGAUCGAUGAAAGCGAGUCUGAUUUGGUCAGAAGGCCACGCCUCCGACGCAACAAAUCUAAUGAAAUGACUUCGGAUCGUUCCUCUGGUCAUAGCAACCGCCGUGCUAGCACUCGUGCAUCGGUCCGCGAAGAAUUUCGGGGAUCGGAACGUGGGUCCAAUCAGGGUAUGCGAGAUGCAAGGACACGUCCUCGCAGGGCCAAGUCCAUGGACAACACCGACGACCACUCCGAUGCUAUUCAGAACUUCCACAGCGGCGAUUUUGGUGACACACAGGCCACAACCGAAAGUGCCAAAGCCGGAAAACCUCGCGAGAUGAAUCGUCGCCGUCGCGCUUCUGCGGUUCAGCGACGAAAAGUGGGAUCGGAUGGGCCAGAAAAUGCAGAGGACCUCAAGAGCAGGACGGAGCAACUGAAGCAGCGUGUUCAAGGUCUCCGAAAGGGUUCCGGAGAGCUGCAAAGAACCCCGAAAGCGGAAGCCGCUGACGACAUUUCAGAGUCUACCGACGGGUGCACAAUCUAUCUCGAGAACAGCAUCGGCAACAUGUCGGAAAUUACUUCGCCUGCCAUGUAGUAACCGGCUCAAGCUUUUUAAAAAUCGUUGUAGAGUACUGAAGUAGGGAAUUAGUUGUACACGAAUUGUGCGAACUGCAAAGUAACUACUAGAAUAGGAAUGAAGUAGCUAGCUAG